AGUGUCCCGAUGAUGUGGAUUAUGUCCAACCUUCAUGUCGAUGUACAUUUGGCUCUGCGCCACAAAUUAAUAGUAGCUAGUAGUACGCCAGCUGAACUUAUCUGGUGUGGUUCGGAAAAGAUUACGGAGGGGUUGCUUGCAGUACUAUUCGUGCCAGCACGGUUGUGUUGCUUAUGCUUUGGUUUUUGCUGGCGCAACAAAACACAAACAGAAACAAGUAUGAAGUUUAACCACGACUGCAGCCAUGAUCCUGCCGAUAUGCGGAAGCUAUUUUAGACACGUCAUGAUGUAGUUUCAUUUGGCGAUCAGCAUCUUCAAGCAUAGUUGCUGCAAGUCUGAAUCUGACCCACCCGGGGUCGGGCGUUGGCACGUUCCUGUUUAUUUCAGGAGAAGAAUAAAAUGGUACAUCUUCACGACGCUGUCGCUGAGGUGCGAAAAUUCGGCAGAAGUUCUUAUUCGAAAAGGCCGAGGCAGCUCGACCUCGAACAAGACGAACCCCGGUCGGUUUACGUAGUAGGAUCACACUAAGUACGUGUACUAGUACUGGUAUAAUCUGAAGAAGCUGCAGCGUCAGCGAUGCAGCAACUUCUGAAACUUGUGCCGCGCGGAUAUCUGCUGACCUUGCGCAGCUAUCUACGCAUGAGUAGCACGGUGAUCGUGGCAACUUCCUUUCGGCUGUUCUUGGAUAUUUUGUUUAUCGUCUUCAGUUCGCAGAGCCCGCACGCCGUCGGCGUUUGGUUCGGGCACUGCUCGUAUCAAAUGUAAAAGUGUCUGGGUCUGGAAGGGUUGCAACUUGUGAUGCAAACUCUGGAACACACAAAAAUUUGUGUUGCAUGAGCGCCAAAAGCUGUCCAUUUCUUGGCACGCAAGUAGGAAGUUUCUCAUGCGGGACAGGCAUCAUGAGGCGCGUUCAAAACCUGUGAUGCUUUUGCCUGCAUCAGACGCCAUUCGCGUGAUCCGAAAUAUGCAUGACAAAUCUCGCGAUCUUCCAGACCCAGACAUUUUUACAUUUGAUAGCUCGAAAAAAGACCGGAUCGAGCAGUGCGCGAUUGCCGGAGUUGCGGAGUUGGUGUUUGCCAUCACGGCCGCAGGAUUGUUUGUCUGGUACUACCACGACUCUCUAGUCUUUGUGGUCUACAAUACUGCCGCCUUAUCCAUUGCAAAUAUGUGGUCUGGUGAGCAGGAUCUGGAAGAAAGCAGGUAUGCGUUCUUGUGCAAUUGUUGGACCCGCGAGAAUCAACGCAGUGCGCAGGAACUACUUUAUUAAACUUAGCAAAUUCUGCGGAGGCUUUUUGUUUUUUCAUUCCUGGCCUGCGCGAGACCGAGAAGCGCCCUCUUCCAGAGACAAAGAGCGCGCAUGCAGUUUUGCUGAGUUGUUUUGUAUGCAGGACCGAUUUUUUCACUCAACAAUCAGCAGCCCAUUCCCAGGUUUGCUUGCCAUCUUGCACAUCCAGACAUAGAAAUUACAAUGCAUAGGCCUACCAGGAGGAGGAGGUCGACUACACGACCGCUUUGCCGGCGUCCACCGAGGAGAGGCACUUAUUAUUUUGUGUAAAAACAACAUACCCACUCCAUCUUUGUGAUGUAAAUCUGCAUGCCCAGAGCUGCCAGAAAUGAAACAGAAUCGGAUGUCGUGUCGUACCAUGCGCAAGAACCCCUUGAGAAGCGUUCAAUGUCUAAUCAUGCUGUGUGGAAAUUCGGUAUGCUCUCACUAUCGAAUCAGGAUAAGAACCAAAGUAGCUCAGAACAAGAUGCGGCUGCACUAGCUAACCACGACUCGUUCUACAGAACUAGGUGCCUGAUAAAUAAAGUUUGUGAUCAUGACUUGUCGUGUAGCAUCAAAGCCGGCAUCUUCUUGACGAUGGGAUGUGGUGUAGGUUUUUAUGCUCAGGAUGACACUGGCGCGACCGUCACCGGCGGUGCGUUCCGGAGUUUUUUUCGACUCUGCCUGGCCGACUGUUUCGCAUGCUGUCGUGGCCAAUUCUGAUCGGGGCGCUGGAGUGGCUGCCGAUCGGGCUGGUGGUCAGCAAGGCGAGCUUAUCAGAAGCAAAGACUCUCCCUCCCCAGCAUAUCAAGACGCAGUUUCUGAUGCUGGAUUUGCGUACACAAAUGAGUCUUGCAGUGGGGGACUGUAGGCAGGUUCUUGGCCUGUUCUUAGGGAGCGUAAGGGUAUGGCUGUUUAGCAUGGGAAACCCCUGCCCUGCAGGCCAGUCAGCAUGACAAAGCGCCUCCAUAAUGUGGCGCAUUCCUCGGCAUUUGCCUUCUUGCAAGACAGAAACACUCUGUGGCCACAAAUCUGCAUGGCAAAUUUUCAGAAGGAUGCGCGUUCAUCAAUAUCGGGAGGGGGAGCUUUCCUCACAAUAAAGCUUGUUCCUCGAGGUCUGGCAACUUCUGUUGGAGAAGCUGGGCCUGCUGUGCUGUGGGAGCUUUGGAAAACUUGUCUCCGGCCUGUUCUUCAUCGCGUUACUGACCACUGCUUGUGCAGUAAGAAAAGAAAAGAACCCGCCUUCCAUCUAGAUGUGUACUAGGGUCGUGGCCCUUGCCACGAAAACGAGACACCUCAGGAAAAUGACCCACCACAAGACGAUGACACUGCCCUGAAGGGGACCCGCAGCAGUAGUGGUAAAAUCAGGCAGAAAUGUGACUGCAAGGGACCUCUUUCAUUUGCAAUUGCAGCCUCAUCACGACUGACACUAAGUAAAAUAAAAUUGAAAUAGUAUUUUUUUUUUGAUUUUUGAUCAUGUGCAGAGCAUCUGUUCUGCAAAGCCACUCAGGUCAGGGCUGGUGGGGCGGUAGUUUUCUUUCGAUAUGCAUGGACAAACUUUCGCAUGCUCAGGCGGCAGCAGCGGUACCUGGGAGCUAGUUCCAGCAGUAGCUAUUACCCUGUGUGAAAGCGUCUGUCAAAGUCGACACUCAAAUUUUUUAUGUAUCUACUUGGAGCAGGAAGAAUGAAAUGCGUCUGCUAUUUCCAUUUCAAUGUCCAAAUAGUACGCACGAGGUAGAAUACAAAAUGCUGUGGAAGUUGUACUUUUGCAGGUUUGUGGUUGUUGCUUUUGUUGUUGUGCUUCGAUUUUUUAUUUCCUGACACGAUUCAAGCCGUAACCGUAAGGAACAAGCUCGGCAUGCACCAGGGACAAGCGUUUUACACUCACGCUCACCCCAUUCUCAUGGACUUGUGCUGCGAAACACGGCGCCAUUUUUGCACGGGAUAGUCGCAUGAACCUGUUCAGUGUCAGCUUCAGCUCCGCCGGAGGCAGUGUAGGGCACCCAACAAAUUCGCUGCUGGGCGGGUGGAGUCACUGGCUUCCGUUUGUACAAUUUCUCUUUAUCUUAUCCACGAUAAAUCAUGCACUGCACACAUCAAAACACAGCCACAAGCUUCGAGACUGCAUGAAAAGACACACAUCUGCUUCCAUUGAAGCGUGACAACUGUCACCUUUCUGAAAGACACCUGCUUAAACUUGUGAGACAUUGAUUUUGUAUGUGUCCGGUCUUCGUCGUAUAAAUCUACGGAUUUGGAUGGGGUGUCGGGUUCCUUUGCUGGAGCCUGUUUUCCACGAACGUGCUAUGCUGAGAAUAAGUAUGCCCCCGCCCCAAGGUUUAAGUUUAUCCAUAUGUACGUGAAGAUGAUCGUAGUCGUAUGGGUCAUGUGUGGUCGCUGUAAAAAUUCAUCUAGUGUUUCUUUUGAUCAGUAUGUUGUUUUGCUGGAAGCCCAGACGAGACCGGGAGCCCUCCGUUGAGGCCUUCUGUGCAGGCUUUUUGUCACGCUCGCCCGAAGAGGCUAGCAACGCUAUCAUACCGAAGUGGCAAACCAUAACACCAUGCCGAUGUUGUAGCUUCUACUUUGGACUCCUGACAUGACAUCACAAAUGUAGUUAUUUAUAUAUGAGUCGUGCGAGGAUAAGUGUACUUAAAAUUAAAUACGUAUAUGACAUAAACCUGCGAUAAGUACAUAAAUGCAAUAUGACAUAAAGGAAAAGGCAGACACCCUUUCUCUGCCCGGCGGGAGCGUGCGCUUAACUUCCAUACGUGCUGGCGUUGGUUGUCGUCGAGGAGCAUCGGUUUUGGUACGUGGUCGGCAUCUUGUUCGGCUGCAUCUUGUUUUACAUCCGGUUUGGACCUGAGCCAGUCGUACCGCACGAAAGCCUUCUCAGACAACACCACCUGCCAUAUCAAAGUGAAAAAUCCCCCCCCAUAUCAAAAUGGAACCUUGUCGUGAUGCUAAUUUGUGGUGGUCGCAAAUCACCUUUGUCGAUGCCUAUAGGGUUGUAAUAGCAGCCCUGUGGCGCAUUCUACAGCCAGUCGGUUAUCAUGCGCUUUCGACUACUGCAAACCUGUUUUCCAUGCCUAAUUGCUAGCCUUUUGCAUACCAGAAAGUAGAAAUACCGCCAAGCACACUUUCUGCAUAGACAAAUCUGAUUUGCGGCCACGAAUCAGUAUCAUAAUAUUUCGUUUUGAAAUGGGGAGGGGGGAUUUUUCGUCGCAAUAUGCCACCAGGAGCCGCAACUUUUUCGUCUUCUCGUCCAGAGUAUCGAAAUGAAAAGUCCCCCCUUGUUCCCAUAAGUACUCAAAGGGAGAUUUGUCGUGUAGCAUGAUUUGUCACCACAAAUUAAUCACGUUGUCAUGCUAGAAGGGAAAAGAUGCGGACGCCGACACUAGUGCUGGCUGGCGUGGAAAGGCCUUCCGUCUUCAGCAUGACAGGAAAAGCAACUGGAACCGGGAAAUAGGAUGACAAAUUGCCUGCAAACGAGGGCACAACUGCGUCUCUUGGCCUUCUAGGAAUAUUACAAGUCGCUUUGUGAUGUUGUACUCAAAUUAUACAGCGUCACAAACUUCGUUUUCGAUAUGGGGAGGGGGUAUUUUCCCUCACAAUACAGAGAUCACGGCCUCAACCACUACUUCUCCUUGGGAACUAGACACUGGGACGCAUGGUAGCAGGGUAAGCGCCAAGCCCGCUACAACUUUUUCCUCGGACAUUUCCCCCGAGUCACGAGGUAUGAUUGGGGUCCGACAUGAUGAUUUCGUCGGACACGACCUUGCUGCGGCGGACAUGAUGGAAAGAGAAUCAGACGAGCUUCAGGGUAUCCUGCGUGAAAACGUAAACACCCCGGGACAUAAUUUUUUGUCAUGCUGACUUGCAUGCCCCGCGCCCUCCCGGAUGUUCCUUAUCAUGCGCAGCACCGUGAGGCGGAUCUCGAUCGUCCACUGGCGUUUCGGAAUGCUUCUUACUCUGAUGACAGCAAUAAAAAUAGAGAUUUUUGGAGAUCUUGUGUGACGGUUAAUAGCACGACGAGCAUUUUCCGGUUUUGCGUUGCUCCAUUCGGCUGAUUUUUUCCCUGGCCAUGGCUUAACUUGAUAUAUUGCAGGCCUAAUUCAUGAUUAGCGACAGCGAGUCCUCUCUAUCAUUAGCGAGUCCUUAAAAAGCUUUGGGAUCAUUUGUCUACCCGAUUUCUCGUCUUUGCUUUCCACAGGGUGGGUACGUUUUUACGCAGGAUUAAGGAGGUGGAGGAGCAGGGCCGCGCGGACCUACAGGAGGAGUUUUGGUAUGAAGCCGCAGCAUCGUCUGCUCACGCAGCGUCGUCCUCCCCACCGGAUUUGCCGGCCUACAACGACCUCGACGGUGUGGAUCCUCCUUUCGGAGCACAGCACCACGAGGAUUCCCGGUCCCUGGUGACCGGAUGGAACGCGACCCGCAGGGGCUCUCGCAAUAAGUAUGUGCGCCUCUGUAUCCUGAGCAAAAGCAUCUCCACCCCAGAGUUGUCAAUGCAGAUUUGCAAUUCCAAUACCAAUUGCAGGAACAUUUGUAAUGCGCAUCUUCAUGAGAGGCUUUGUCAUGCGGUUGGCUUUGCUAAACUGCGCUACAAUGCAGAGCGGAACUUGUCACUCCCAAAACUUCUGGAUUUGUGUUUCGACAUCCCCAUCUUGACUCUUGGGUGCGGACGUCUUUACGCAGGAUACUGUGGAGGUCCUACCUCAGUUUCUCGGUCUACACCUCCAUCAUUGUGCUGGUCAUGGCAUUAUGCAUUGCAAAUAUGUAUGGGUCUGGAAGAACAAGACUGCAACUUGUCACGCUAAGUCUCGAUCACAAAAAAAUAUAAAAGUUUGUGGUGCAUGAACGCUUCGAGUUGCGCAAUUCUUGCUAGGCAACAGGCGCCGGACGUCUCAUGCGCAGUAGGCAUGUGGAAGCUCGCGCAAAAUUUGCGAUGCUUUUGUCUUUGUGUGCAUUCCCGACUCUGUGUGUGUGUGUGGUCCGCAGGUAUAUGCAUGGCAGAUGAUCUUGCAUUGUUUCAGACCCAGACAUAUUCGCCGCUGAUAGACAUUCUCAGAUCCGUCCUACGGCCUCCUGCACCUCUUCACCAAGCGGCUCGCGGAGAGCCACUAUGACCUGUCGCUCUCUGCGGGCGACGGCAACGGACGCGGUAGACUGUCUGGCACGAAUACAUUGCCGUCCGGACCGAGGAGCGGAAUCGGUGAGGGCGGAAACGUGGCGGCAGCGGUGCAACAGGGAUCUUCCCCACGACAGGGGGACGAACCAGAAACUCCUCCUGCCAUCGGCAUCGUGCCGCAAGAUGGACGCCAGCCCCAAUCGGGGGCGCCGAACAGUGCGGAUCAGAAAGUCUGGCCCACGGCGUCCGCAGCUCCUGAGGCGGGUAAAGAAGAGUCGGAAAGAACAACUUUGGUGCCUGGCACGGGCACCGCAGAAGCAGACCCCGAGAAGCAUAUGCCUCAGUCGUCGGACACGGGCCGUGGUGUGGUUGUGGGGCAAGUAAAAGGGUACAAAAAUGAUGAAGGGCACGCGUCACUAACAGGUUCGCAGGACGCUGCGCCGCUUGUGCCGGUCGAAAAAACGGCGGUCGCAACGUCAACGCACGACCGAAAAAGAGGGAACACAAACGGGCACGCAUACCUUACAGCAGUCGAAACCGCCGACGCCAGGGCGUUGGAAGAAGAAGAACCAGGCCAGGAUGGGCGUGAAGGACCUACGAUUUCCCCGGCUUCUAUCACAUGGAACGAAAAGUACCCCCACCCCGGUCUAUGAUGCGCGGCGCCGCAGUAUAGGCGAUGUCGUUCAUGUGGAAGUUGCGUAACAGGCUCAACAUCCGAAUCAAAAUUCGUUGCAUUCCCUGCAUGCAAUAUUCACCAGUACAUGCUGCACUCCGGUGCGUCCUAAGUUCGGGUCCGAUCUCAAGCUGCAGCUUGACCCACUCUUCCCGAGACCAUGUAUGCCCUAAGGCAUUGGUCGUAAAAUGCCUAAGCUUAUGCUUGUUGGCUGAGCUCUGCAAGACUUCACACGAUAGAAAAAGUUCAUGCGAUGCGGAACGUUUGCAGUUAGAGUUACUCUCCUGGUGAUGGGGGACUCUUCAUUUUGAUUGCUUCUGCUUCUCAACCGCAGUCGACGGAGUCUGCACAAGCCGGAGCUGUCCGAUCAGGAGACGCGAGAAGUGGAGUCGCAGGAGGGGCUUCUGGAGAUAGACCAGCAGUUGCAGAGGUCCGCCGAAAAAACUUUUCCAGUGAUAUCGUGACAAGUUCCGCGACGUCUGGGGCUUCCGCACUUUCGUCCAAAAAUGAAACGCUGGCCGUUGCAACACAGCAUCUCGAAGAUGAGAAGGACACGAGUGGUCACGCGGGCGUGAAGAAGAUGCAGAAUUUAAAAAACACCAACGUGCAGGACGCGGCAAUAUCAAACGUUUCUUCUGCAUCAAAGAGUCCUCGCGAUGCGACACGAAGUCCUACAGUCGGAGAUCCUUUCUCUUCGGCGUUGUUCCGCAACCACGUCGCAGAUCAUUUUGCCACUUCCAGCCCUGCUGCCGUCUCCGCCGUGACGCCUUCCCCGACUUCGCACAAGAAGAUGGACGAGGAUGAGGACCCGAGGAAUGGUGGCGAGGAAGCAGAACCUGCUCUAAAGACGUACCAUCGUGCGGAGGUGGUGGAGGACGACAGAAGUGGCACACCCUUGCAGCCGGGGGAAGAGGAACAAGACCAGAACCGCGCAGUCGCUGGAGCAGGCACGGAGCCCUUUGCGUAUUCUUUUCCGAAGAUGAGAGGCUACCCCUUCUUUGUGUUUGUGGCGAUUACCGCGCUUUAUACGCUCUGUUCUGCCUUCGUCUUAUCAGGGUGAGAAAUUAGGCAACCCGCCGAACCCCGCUACCCGCUUCGUAAAUGCCAUAGGAUUAUUUAAUAGCGUUAGCGACGCACAAACUUUUUUAGAUUGCUGUUUUGGUAGGCAUGUGUUGUGCACCAGCUCCGGCCCUAAGCGAAGAAGCUGAGUUGCGGCUUUGGUAUGUUCUUCCAGAGUCAUGUAGUACAUCCAGGACAAGGGCAAGGGGCCGCUUCUCCUUCUGUCAUUUUGUACAAGGCCGAGUACUAGAGCUGAUGAAUCACUGACGUACGAGACCGCGAGGCAGAGCACCAGGCCUAGGAAGUUAUUUUUGGAUCGUAUGACGAGAAAAGGCAAAGGGCAGGGGCAAGGGGGUUUGAUUUUUCACUGUGAUGCGAUUCCUUCCUUUUGAAGGUCUGCCUGCCGCACAUCGAUUUCGAUGCCAGCAGUAAAUACUCGCGAAUGAACAGUCGCGGAGGGGGGCCGAGCCGGGCGUCUCGUGCCAGUACCAGGAACCAGGCUACCAGACGGAACGUGUCGUGGACGGCCGCAACGCAGUCGGUUGCGGGCUUUGUCAGUGCCCUCGUGCGCGGAGCGGCGCCUGCGUCCUUUUUUCAAGGCCGGGGGCCCUUCUCGGGGGUAGCUCCGCGGGGCCAGGACGAUCUCGCGGAUCGUCUUAUUCGGGACCAUGAGUCUUGGACGAACACCGGAACACGGACACACGAGGGGAUUAUAUCCUCUGCAAAGUUUUUCUUAUCAGCGUCCGCGCAUCCUCGAAAAAAUAAAGGACCGAACGGACCUUUUUAAAAGGUCUGUUCGGUCCUUAUCAUUCUCGAAAAAAGGUUCGUUCUGAGAAAUUUUGUUUACCAGCGCCCGGCUUUUUCUGAUCCAUCGCAUACGUACUUACUUACUUACUUGUGCCCGUGACGACCACGUGAUGAACAAAGUCCUGAUCUUCAAACUAGUAGGACUCGAUGGUGGUGACUAUACGUGAAAUGGUUUGCAUGACGAGCAGCAGAAUUCCAAGCUGAUGAGGAUUUUCCACUGGAUGGGCAACGCAGGCCGAAAGCAGCGCUUCACAACCGUCAGGACAGGGUGACCGCGGCAAUGGCCCCCUAGCCCCUUCAGUAGAACCCCCUCUGCCGGUGGUCGGGAACGCAGCAGCCGGCGCAGCCUACUUUUCUCAGUACGAUCGGCCGAACCUGCACCAACUCGCUCUGCCGCCAACUGCCAGCGCGGCAUCUUCUUCGGAUCAUGCGGGUGUCCACCUUGGCCUUGGCCUGAGCGGCGCAGCUUCUACAGCAAGUACUAGUUGUAGGUCUUCUGCUGGGGCGGGCCUGGAAAGAACGGAUCGGCCUCAGCAGCACCAACGUGGUGCGUCCUCCGACUCGGCAGCUAAUCGCGAUGGAAGUGGUGCGCCACUGACUGCAGCAGGAACGUUCGCCAUACUGGUACACGACGUGCUGCGGUGCGUGUCAGCGUUUUCGUGGAGCCAGGUCUGCGUGGCGCUCUUUUCGUCGCUUUUCGUCUUCGAGAACAACUUCGUCACCUGCCUCUUCGCGUUUCUUUACGCUUCAUCCGUGGUCCUCGGCAUCAGCGUUCUCGUGCGAAAGUACCUGCCUGCCACGCGCGCCGAGCGCACCCAGUUCAUGGUGGACACCAGCAGAUUUGCUCGUGAUUGAAGAGUAUGGAUUGGAUUGCAAAUAUGUCUUGGUCUGGAAGAGUGGAACUUGUAAUGCUAUCUGCGGAUUCUGAAAAUAUCUGUGUUGCAUGAGCAGCAAAAGGACUCAGUUCUUGGCACGCAGAGAGGGCGUUUCUCAUGCGAGAAUUGGCAUCAAGAGGCUCUCAAAAAAUCUGUGUUGCUAGCACCAGCAUCACAGACCUCACGGGUCAUGCAAAAUGUGCUUGACCACAAGCCCCGACUCUUCCAGACCCAGACAUAUUUGCAUUUGAUAAAGAUAAUUCAAACAGAACUGUGGGGACCAAGAAUUAUAAUCGUACCAUAAAUCUUUUCAGCGCAGCGGGCUUAUUGAUUAUCCUCAGGCCCACCUAUUCGGGACCGACUAUGCUGCAUUGAGUAUGAUAAGAUAAGUCGUAUUACUACACAGAAGCAAGGGACACAGACAAAAUUUUAAAAUUUUGGGCGCAUUGGUGGGCCAGUUCUGCAUUGCAGAUUUAGAUUUAGGAUUUAGGAAACUGGUGGCCACCGGAGAUUGGGCCGGGGAUGGAAGAGCCGACAGUUCGGACGCCGAAAAGCGGGACUCCUCCGAACCGGAGACACGUGGACGGUGCCGCCCAAUCACACGGCUCCGGAGCCGGAGAUACCUGGACGACGAGCCCGCUCCUAUUCAUUUUCAUUUUGUCUCCAGCCUUUGUCUCAGGUGCCAGAAAAUCAAAAAGCUUCAAAUUUCUUCACCAUGGUAUGGUAAACACUUUUUGAAAUAGCCCCCAAUCUUCUUCAGGACGAAGCAGCUUGCUUCGCAAGUAGUUGGCCAUACCAUGCGGGCUAAAAUUAAACUUUUUAAAUUUUAUAGUUUCUGCGUGCGUGCUUCAAAGUAUUGAAGUUUUUCGGUCAAGUGCUCUGUCGAGUGGAUUUUGGCGAGUACUCAACAGAGUACUCAGUUUUCCUGUGUCCCUUAGAGCCACGACCUGAGUCCAAUAAAGUUCUAAGGGACACAGGACGGCGACGCACCCACGUCGCGUGGGUGCGUGACAUAAUUUUCCGAGUGACACGGAAGCGACGACUUGACCUCCGACGUCCGAGUUCAAAAGUUAGAAUAGAAGGAUUAGAAAGCAGAAAGAUUAGAAAGCGCUUCUCUGCAGCCCUUCUUUCACACUCAGCCCUUCUCCGUCACCCUCCCGCGCCACUUCUUCGUGGCGCGGCAGAUUGGUGAUGUCGUCAGCGGCGAUUUUUUCUGCUAUGCUCAUCCAAAGCGCCUGCACUUACAACAUUUUUGGCCUAGCUAUUUCGACUGCAGAAUCAGAAAAGCCCAGGAAAAUAGCCGACCGCUGGCAGUGUUGUGCGUCCUCACUUACCUGUAGCUGUCGCCCGGCCCCGAAGUAAUUGCUCCGCGCAAUAUCUGCAUACUCAUUCUCGUCGAGAAACCGACGCCACAGCUGCAGCAUAAAACAAUGGCUGCGAAAUAUUUACAAAAUUUUGAAAUUUUGUCUGUGUCCCUUGGUUCUGUGUAGUACGUAUUUACGCGACCACCUUUGCGUUUUGUUUGGCCUUUGGGUUAUUUUUCGGUCCUGCAUCGGAAAAUAUAAAGAGCAGACCAUGGCCAUUGCUGGUACAUAUAAGAAGUUGCUAUCGAAUUGUGCUCGUGUCGGUGCGAGUUGCAGGUAAAUGUGGACUAAUGUACAAAAAGAAAAAGAAAUACAAAUAGAGAGAAGGAGCUCGCACAUAUCUACUACAGGCAAAGUGCAGCCUUCACGCAACUAUUUUGUUUUUCAUUUUCUACAAGUUACACGAGAGCGCGCGCUGAUAGCAGGUUACCUGUUUCUGCGGUACCAGCGAGCCGCAUCCUCCCUUGCGGGGUAUAAGCGGAUUCGCUCGCAAGGGUCCCGUUCCGGCGGACUGAAAAAAAUGAGGUUAUAAAAUGAACUAAUAAAAAAAUGAUGAUAUUGAACUAACACGGUUCCUCCUUGCACAGAAGAAAGCGUGGCGUGAAGAAAUACGCUGAGAGGGCUUUCCUGCUUUAGUCUUCGGCACCAGCCUGCGUGUAGUGCUAAGUGUUCUCCAAAAUGGAAGAUCGAUUUGCGCCCUCGCUUGCUCGUUAGAGCGUGAGAGCGCGGCCUUGAGCGGUCUGCAGGAUUUCGCCGCGGGCCUUGUUCAAGGAUGAUGCCCGCGAUGGUCGUGCGUUCAUGCUCUAACCAGAAAGUGCAGUCAAGGUGCGUGGCGACCCUUCGGCUUCGCGCGCGUGAGGCUUGUGCGCGCGCAUUUACCUACGAAUAGAAUAUAGGCCUCCGGGCGCGACCGUCAUGAAUUGCGCACGCGCCAACCGUUUGGGUCAACAGUUGGCGCACGCGGCAACUUUGGCGUGGUUACAGGAGACGUUGCAGACUUGAUGAACCGGACCGAAAUAAUGUCGGGCCCGCCUCAAGGGCUCGGGCUCCGCAGGCGGGGCCGCCCAAGAGUGUGUGCAUUAUAGCCAUUGUUGUUGAGAAGUUCGUAGUCGUACUUAAUUCAGUCUUUUCCAUUUGCUAUCACAAUUCCAAAUUGUAAAUUGUUUUUUUUCCGUCAUUGCUGCACGUGUUUCGCUUUUUUUGAAAAAAAAAACUCUCAAG